GGUCAACGUGCGCGCGCGCUUUUCAUUCCAGCUUUUUAUGCAAAUCGUAUUUUAAUGUCCAGCUGUAUGCACUAGUAGUAAGAGCAUGCGCAGUGCGAGACAAGAAAACGGCCAAGAUUCAAAGUUUGUGUUCGGUGAUUUGACCUCUGCAUUGAGCUGCCAGGAAGACUAUGUUUGGCUUUCACAAGUCAAAGAUCUACCGGAGUAACGACGGCUGUUGCAUCUGCAAGACCAAGUCCUCCAGCUCGCGUUUUACAGACAGCAGUCGAUAUGAAGAAACAUUCAGGCUCUGUUUUGGGCUCUCAGAAGACCGCGUUGGAGACAUCUGCAAUGCUUGUGUGUUGUUGGUAAAGAGAUGGAAGAAACUCCCCAAUGGCUCCAAGAAGAACUGGAACCAUGUGGUGGAUGCCAGAGCUGGACCAGGCUUCAAAAUGACAAAACCCAAGAAGAUGAAGAACAGUGAUGGCAAGAAGAAAAGCAAGCUGAAGAGGCUUCACAAGUUAAAGAGGCAAAACUCUGACGCUCAUAGCACCACCUCCAGUGUGUCUCCCGCCCACUCGCCCAGUUAUAGCAACCAGUCAGAUGACGGCUCAGACAUUGAGUCCAAACAGAGGCGCUCUUCCCCUUCCAUCUUCUCCUUCUUGGACCGAUCAUACUGGAAAAGGCAAAAGGUGUGUUGUGGGAUUGUCUACAAAGGCCGCUUUGGUGAGGUCAUUAUCGAUCCUCGUCUUUUUAAGCCCUGCUGCAGUUCAAAAAAACAGAAGACUCUGGUGUCCACACAAGUUCCCUCACACCUUCCAGAAACGCAUCCACCACAACUUCCAGAGGAAAUGAAAGAAACCUGGUGAUGGCGCUUGUUUAAUCCUUUGCAGGGUUAUCCAUGGCACUCACCUGGAUUUGUCUCCAGUGGCAGACUUCCCUUUUCCUUCGUUAGAUCAUUUUUGUUGUAUUGUUACAUUUGCUAUUACCUUUUUCAUAUGGUUAUUUUAACAUUUUUAUAGUGUUUUCUAUAUACAUAAUUACAAAUCUUAAGGGCAUUAGUUUUAUUUAUAGGUUAAGGUGAAACAUUCGGUUAAAGCUCAGUUUAUUUUGGUUACCUAAGUGAUUCAUGUUCUGUAAAUAUAUUGUCACUUUGAUACUGAUACAUACUGUAUCACGACUCUUCUAUUUUUCCAUGAUUUGCUUUUAAGAAGGAAAGAAGAAAAAAAACACCAGCUAUUUCCGAUUACCAGCUUUUUUCCCCUCCACAUAUUGCUGCAAACUUUUAUCCUGUUCUUUGUUUCACAUGUGACUUGGUAGGAUUUUAGUACACAAAAGGAUAGUUGGCAACAGCAGGGAUCAUUAGGCCAACUGCCCUAAAUGAAUUUAGAUUUUAUCAUAUUUUUGUAGAGGAAAACAAUUGUGAUGUUUUGACGGGUGACGCACGACUUUGAAACACUCCAUUUGAAUUUGAGCGUAGAGCACAUUGAUCUGAAUAGAUUAGAAUGUGAUUAGAAGAUGCAUGCAGUAUGUUUCACUGCCUUUUUGGACGGGAAACAGAAAUGAUGUAUUUAUUUUUUUUGUACAGUCACCAAUGAAAUGACAUGUAUGUUGUAAGCAUAUUUCCCACCCAAACCGUUUUGGUUCAUCCAAACUUUUCUGUUUACAGGAAUGGCAAACCACUACUUCUGUACAGAGUACGUUUUACUCUAACCCGGUUUUACUUUUUUAUUUUGAUUUUUUUUUCUCUCUCAAAAAUGGCUUCUGUGAAUUCAAUGCUCACCAAUAAUUGAUUUUGGAUGGAAAAAAAAAUGAAUAGCAAGGAAAUGCCAGCGUAAAACUCAUGUUCCAAAUGUCAUGCGUAGGUGAAGAGGUGUGGUUAUAACUUUUUGUUUUCAUCUCUUUACGUUCAGAUGCAAUUGUCAAAGGUUCAAACUAUGCAGACGUUUUGAAUGUGUGGCUUCCUGUCACUGUUGCUGUUUCCAGUGUUAAAGUGAUGGACCCUGAUUCAACCAAACUUGUAUAAAGCAUCCAUUACUUAAUUAUUGUCCCAAAUAUGUUUCAUGUAUGCCAUUUUAAUGAUGCUCAGGUUGCACCGUGGUAAUCAUAGUGCAUGCAUGCCGUCUCUACUCUGAACCAUCUCACUGUAUGAAUUUUGCAGUUAAUGUUCAGGAAUAAUGCUUGUUGUUGCAGGGUCAGUUUAAACCCAGCAAGGUUCUCAUUAAAAGGAGAAUGGCUGCCUCCUUUUGAACUGCUUAAUAAGCUUAUUUUUUUGCCAUAUUUUGCAAGGUGCAUUUUAGAAAAUGAAAUGUGCCUUAAUGAAUUACCUGACAUUGUCUUAAUGCUUCUCAUGUAAUUUAUAUUUAUUUAUUACAAUGUUUUUUACUGAGGUAGCUGGUGUAGAGCCUUCCCGAAAGUUUUUGCGCACUUCCCUUGAACUUGCAAGCUUACCAUGUUUUCUAAUGUUUUUUUUUGUAUACUGUACCAAGUAUCAAGUAGAGCUGUACUGUAAAAAGCUACAAUAAACUUUGUCAUUGA